AUCACUCAGAGCAAGGACUCCUUGCUCUGAGUGAUAGUUUUUGACCUGAUGCUCUGUCUGGACUUCUGCCUGCCCGUCUGGAGUGAAUCCAUCCUUUGGAUCCCCUGUUUGCACCUUUGUUAGAAGCUGUGAAUACUGACUGAGAGGCAACAUGAUUGACUACGAGCGUCCCUCUCCAUUAGGCUUCGGGCCGGCUGGGAGGAGUGAGCUCCAGGCACACACAUAUACACACACACUGACGGCCAUGCCUCAGAGAUACUCCCACCAGAGGAGGAAAGCCAGCACAGCGGCUGCUAGGAGGAUGGAGAGAAGACACAGGGACCAGGGGAAAAGCAGCAUAAACAACUCAAGCGGCAGCCACAACCACCGCUCCAAGAAGCUGGCCAUGCUCUCCAGGUCCCUGAUCCUGUGUCACUCUAAGACGAAUGAUGACUGUGUAGAAGAGAGGCAUGCUGGGGAAGUGUCAGAUGAGUGCAGGACGUGGGCUCCGAGCUGGAGGGCAGACGUGGCUACUGGGGUUCACACAGGGUACGAAGAUACAGAGAAUGGACACCACAGGACAACCCAGCAAUCAGCCCUGGAGAAAAGAGGAGGCAGUAAAGCAGAUGAUCAGCUGCAUCAGACCAACACACUCAGGGAGACUAAAAGAAGUAUAAGGAGAUCCUUCAGCAUCAAGGAGAGCAGUAUCUGGAGGAUGUGUGUAGCUACAGGGCCUGCUGAGGAGGUGCGUGGACCACAUGUGGCUGAUAACAGCAUCCAGACUGAGGACAAAGACGCUAAUUUGGAGCCAGGGAGGAACGGAGGGAACCAACACAGAGGCUGCAGCUUCCCGAGCCCAGACAAGCUGGCACCCUUUAACGGACAGUUUCUUAAUGGCAGUGCUUGGAUGGAGGGGGAGGGAGUGCGGAGCAUUCACGUGAAAGCUUAUAGUGAGGACGUUUCCACAUGUGAGGACUCUCUCCAUUCACAUAGUCUGACUACAAGCCCACAGCACCCAGUUCUCAUUUUCACAUCUGAUCCUAUAUCACUGUCUGGAUACACGGAUGAAGAACUUAUAGCCAACAACAACCACCUGAAGUUACCCAUUCCAGAAGUGAAUGAGGAGAAAUGCUGGGAAACAGAGAAGACUGAGCAGAGCCCACCUGGACAAACAGCCAGUAAUAGGACACGAUCUAAUUCAACCAGUGUUCAGCCUUACUGGAUUGGGGAUUUGGACAGCAUCAUCAUGAAGACCCCGGAGUUGUACACUAGACAUCCUCAUGGGAAUGGUGGUUUAUAUGGAAACAGGAAGUCUCUGUCCCAGCAGCUGGAGUUUCCUCACACCACUACACAGCCUGUGCACCGCCCCUCCCGAUCUCUCAGCUCUGCCCAGCUGGUACACUCCUUUAGCAACAUGCCAGCUUUCAUCAUCUGUAAUAUUGUGCUGAUGAAGGGCCAUGGCAAGGGUCUGGGCUUUAGUAUUGUGGGUGGGAGGGACAGCAUGUAUGGACCAAUGGGGAUCUAUGUGAAGACCAUUUUCCCUGGAGGGGCAGCUGCUACUGAUGGAAGACUGCAGGAGGGUGAUGAGAUCCUGGAGCUGAACGGAGAGUCUCUACAUGGUCUGACUCAUGAUGAAGCUCUGCACAAGUUCAAACAAAUCAAAAAGGGCCUCCUGACUCUGGUGGUGAGGACCAGCUUACGUGUGGAGGCCCUGUGUGGUCAAGCACAAGUGGCUCAGCUGUGCAGGUCGCGCUCCCUCAGCUCCACCACAGGCAUGGCAAGGAUCAGUGCUGACAUGGGAGACAGCAACUACCUGAACAACAGCUGCAAUAACACACUGAACAUCCCCGGUCAGCCUGCUAAACCAAGAGACCGCAUCAUGAUGGAGAUCAUCCUGCAAAAAGAGGUUGGUGUUGGUCUGGGUAUUGGACUGUGCUGUGUUCCAUCUAAUGACGGAUGUCCUGGGAUCUACAUCCACACCCUCUCUCCUGGAUCUGUAGCACAUAUGGACGGUAGACUCCGGUGUGGAGAUGAGAUAAUGGAGAUCAACGACACAGUGGUUUACAACAUGGCGCUGAAUGACGUCUACACAGUCCUGAGCCAGUGCACACCAGGUCCAGUCCACAUCAUCAUCAGUCGCCAUCCCGACCCCAAAGUAUCAGAGCAGCAGCUGAAUGAAGCUAUCACUCUGGCAGUGGAGAACAGCAAACUGAGAAAGGAUAAGAGCCAGUGGAGUAUUGAUGGGCUGCGCAGACUGGAGUCGUGCUCUCACAGCCGGCAGAGAUGUGAGCAUUGUCUAGAGAAGAGUUUCAGUCAGCUGUCGGUUCGCCGAGCACAGAAGACCAUGACCCGCUCCUGCAGUGACAACACCAACAGCCACCACUACAACCACUGCCUGACCCUGCACAACCUCCACAACACACACCAUAACCCGCCAGCCCGGGUCCACAGCCUGGACACACCAAAGUCUAUGACGGACACAUGGUCUGAGAACAGACUGUCAGUGCCUGUGUAUCCUGAUGAAAAGUAUAAAAUCCCAUACAACUCUCCAGCCGCCAACCUCUCCAGUCAGCAGGCCCUGGAUCUGGCCUACAGGGGCAACAAGUCCAACUUCAGGGUGCGUGCUGCUCCACGUUGGUACUGCUGGCCUCAUGAUGUGACGAGCGAGGAGGGUUAUAAUGGAGACUCCAGCGGUUCCAGUAGAGAAUCUCCAGUUAGAGAUGAAGGAUUGGAGCCCUCAUCACACACCAGCUGCCAGCAGGAAGCAGAACAAAUAAGAGAAAAGUCAGAGGGGAGCAAAGAAGACAUCACUCAUCCAGACUCUUCAGCAGCCUGCACAGACGACAGACUACACAUAGAUCAUUCAACAGCAUCGUUCCUCUGCUCACAGCCAAAGAGAGCAGCUCUGAGGAGACAGGCUCGCGUUGAACAACAUACCCAAGAGCAGCUUCAAGAUCCUUGGGUUCGCCUUUCAGACAGCUCCCCCGAAGAACUGCCCGAGAUCCACCGCCGACACACAGCCUGUCACUAUCCACAGCCGGUCAACAUCCUCAGGAAGCCCGCCACCAUGAGUGAUGAAGAGAACACCGGCGAGUUCAAUGGCACAGCCACAGAUGUGAAUUCAGAUCCUCUGUCCCACGUGACUCCUGAAGACACGUCUGAAACUCCUCCAGAAUCAAAGAGGGGGCCCCCAGUGGCACCCAAGCCGGCCUGGUUCCGCCAGAGUCUGAGGAAGAUUCGAGAUGAGCAGGGCCAGAAGAAGCAAGCUAAACCUGCAGAGCAGAGGCAGGCUGUGGGUUUUCAGAGCAGAAGCUUUGGAAUCAGAUCACCUUCUUCUGCCUCCAACCUGUCAAUCAAACAAAAGAUCCACUCAUUUGAGACUUUUUCCAGUCCAGAGAGUGGAGAGAAGGGGGGCAACAGGAGGCCCGUGACCCCUUCCUCCUCCCUUCCUCUGAUGGAGAAGGAGUCCAGGAGUCAUCCCGCCUCACGUGAAGAUUGUGGGAACAGCAAGCAUGAAGUCCCAAAAGAGAUCCAGUCCAACCAGCCUGCAUCUGUUCAGGACACAGGAGACAGCACUGUCACCUCCUCCACCUCUGAAGCUUGUAGUCAAGCAACAGCAAAGUCCUGUGAAGAUGAACCUCCAUUCGCCCAGACCCCCACAGAUCUGCCACCCUCUGACACCAUCAGCCCUGAUCUGGACUCUGAGAUAAAAGAUUCAGCUCCUUCCAAUGAUGACAGAGAUGUCUUACCAUCCGAACAGGAGUCUGAGCUAGAAACAGCGGAUCUCAGCGAGGUCCCGCCCCCUGCAACAUCUAUGAGAUCCAAUCAAAAUGAAGGGGAAGGUCCUCCAGAGGCGGCGAAGGGGGAUGGAGCACAGAACCAAGGAAAGCUGCUCGGCAUGACUCUGAGUGCUGGUCUAGCUGCAGACAGUAACUCUGUGAGAGGCCUCGAUGGAGAGCGUUUGGGGAAAAUUCUUGCAUUCAGUAACCAGGUUUCACAAGCAUUGAUGCGCUCUCUACCCAUGAACUCCAGCCAUGGUAACCUGCAGGACCAGUCUGCAGUGGCUGUUUCUAACCCCGAGGAGCCUGAACCUGCUGCUGAUGGCGCCGAGAGAGGAUUCUCUGUCAGCUUGGCCACACUGAGGGAAUGCACCAUCGAGAGAGGGGAGAGGGGAACUCGAGACGAGGCAGGAGUCACUUCUGCUUCUGCCUACUCUGUCAUCUCAGCCAUCCCUUCACAGGAAAUACAGGGGAUGAUCCAGGAAGUCUCAACUCUGGACGAAGACACGCUGAAGCAACUGGUGGACAUCCACGUAGUGAUUCUGCAUAAAGAGGAGGGAGCUGGGCUGGGCUUCAGCAUCGCCGGAGGGUCGGACCUGGAGAGCAAAGCUCUCACAGUCCACAAAGUGUUUCCCAGCUGCCUGGCGGCUCAGGAGGGAACUAUUCAGAAAGGAGAUGAGGUGCUGUCGAUAAACGGACAAACACUGCACGGUGUCACACACGCCGACGCCACCGCCGCUCUGCGUCAGGCCCGCAGUCUGAAGCUGGCUGUGGUGGUCGUCUUCAAGAGAGCGGGGGAGGAGGGGCGAGAGGGAGGAGGCUGCAAGAGCGAAGAGCCCACGUCUGCAGUGGAGGAGCAGGGGUCUGUGGUGAGUCUGGAGAAAGGAGCCGGAGGAGUUGGUUUUACUCUGGAGGGAGGAAAAGGCUCAAUCCAUGGAGACAGACCAUUAGUCAUCAGCAGGAUCUUCACAGGUGGAGCUGCAGAGCUGAGCGGGCUGCAGUGUGGUGACGAGCUGCUGCAGGUCCAGGGAGUCAGUCUGCAGGACAUGACGCGGUUCGAGGCCUGGAACAUGGUCAAGGCUUUACCUGAAGGACUCAUCACCGUGGUGAUCAGGAGGAGGCAGGGGGGGGCAGAGUGAAGACAGACUGCUGCCAGGAGCUGAACAAUGUUGGCUCUCUAACAAUCUCCUAGCAAUCAACUCAGCCAGUCAGUGUGGUCCAUGUUUGACAUGGUGGUUCAGACACCCUCUGAAUAUAUUUCUAUUAUUAUUUAUUAUUAUAUCACAUUUUUGGCCAGACAGCAAAGUGUAUUAAAGGGCCAUCUCACCCAAACACCCCAAAAUCCACAUCACUCUGUAUGAAGGCUCAAAACUAACACACAACUCCAUGAAUCCUUACUGACGUGUUACUGGCAGAUCAGACAGUCAAUGGACGAUACAUCUGUGUGGUUUUAAUGCACUUUUCUUUUGAGCUUUUAUUUUUGACGUCCCUUCAAUACAAGUUUAAGUGUUAACCAUAUGUUUAAUGCAAAACAGAUGAAGUCAUUCCAGAGUAUGAAAUAAUCAUUUUAAUGAAUUAUUGAUUCAAAAGCUGAGUUGUUUUCUUUUUCUCUACGACAUCAGAGUCCAAGCUUCUUCCGCCUGUUUGGAAACGUAUUGUUUGUUCAUGCUCACCAGCUGUAAAAUGAGUUGGUGAAUACAUUCUUUUGGUAUAUUUUGUUUACAUUGGCCCAAACUUUGACAGCGAGAGGCAGAAAAUCUCCUUUAACAAGACCAGGGGCGGUUCCACAAAGAUAUGUCAGACCGGUCUGUAGUCUUCAUGUUGCUCAUAGAUCAGUCUGAUGUCAGACUGUUACGUUACAUUUUAAGACUAAAACAUUAGACACCUUACCCCCAGGCUAACUCAGGCCUAAGACCAAUGUUACCAUGGUAACAAUCGAUGACACUGUGCUGACCAGUAGCACUGAACAACAAAAAACAGGAAAACAUGGCUUAUAAUUUGUGGUUUGCUAACAUUGAUAUGGAGAGAGUUCUUAUAGACCACAGACAUUUUUCCAAAUCACAUUUUUCUUUUCAUUGUUUCACUCUUCACGUUAAACAUCCUUAAACUGUUGAAUUCUUCCUAAAGACAAACAUUUUCUGCUGAGGGUAAACGGAGCUGAGGGGUUGGAUGUGGUUCCACAGUCGGCCAUAGUUUUUUAUUUUGAAAAAAAUCUUAAUUUACCCAGAAAUCAAUGUACCACAGUCCAGCUAAAGAUAGUCAGGAACUAAACUGCUUUGUCUAUCUGAAGUCUGACUGUUUGUUCUAUCUAUCAGUCAAAGUCUCUUUGUGAAACCAGCUCCUGGUCAAAACCUGGAAUAUGGACUGGACUCUGUUCUCAUCUGCAUUCACCCUGGUGUUUCAGCUCUUUAUCUGUUUGCUUCUCUCCUCCUCUCUCUGCUCACAUAUACAGUACAUGUUGCUCAGACGCUGUCGGCACCAGAUCAUUUUGAAAAAGCAUCAACCAAUCAGGAAAGUCCAACAUUUGGCCGACCAAUAGUGUAAUUUGAUCAGUCAGUCAGUCAGUCAGUCAGUGACAGAGCUGUUUAAAACAUUUACAAAACAUGUUAUCAGCAACAUUGGGUAAAAAAUAUUGGUACCUAAAAAUAUUGGUAAACUGGUUUUACCAACUGGUAUUGGUAAAAUAUUGGCCUUGAAAACCUGGAGUAAACAUACUUCAAAUAUUAAUUCAUACCACGGUACAAGAACUAUUUAAGCCAAUACAAACUGUGAUGUGUUCAGUAGGUGUUGUUUUUAAUGCUCCUGUAUGUUUAGUCUACAAUGAGAAGAACAAAUGUGCAGUUAUGUAUAAACAAUGUCAUAUGUAUUAGAGUAAAUGUUUCUCAGCAGAGGCAGAUCAGACUCUGUGAAACUGUUGACUCAGCAGCUUUGACCAAGUUAUCAGUCAAACCAAACUCAGAUGUGUGUCACUGUCCUGAGUGUGCUGUGGGACAUUUUGUGCAGAGAAGAUUUUUUUGCAAGCGCAUAAAUUCAAGUUUGGAGAGAAAUUAUCACUCACCACCUGUUUUCAAUAAACAUUGUGUUUAUUAUUAUCCACUAAGCGAGUGGCCGAGGGUUUGCGAGUGCAUAGAGCAAGGAAUUUGAAAGAUGGCAAAUGUGCAUUUUAACACUGAAACCUUAUUGAACACAGCAGAUUUCUAUUAUAAAAUAUAGCUGGCAUGGCAAUAAUUUCCACGCAAAUCAUAACUUAUGUGCUUAUAAUGUCAAAGGAUGUCUUUGCGGGGAACCCACAAAACAAAUGUUUUCUACUGAGGUACGCUUAAAAAAAAAAAAAAGAAAAGAAAGAAAAUUUACAAAACAUGUUUGUAUAGUGAGUAAAAUCUGCUGGAAGAAUUCAAAAUGACUUGUAUAAAAAUGUUCAAAACUGUGUCUUAA